AUGGCUUCGUUCGAGAUGCAGCCCACCUCGUCUCGGGCGGUCGAUCCGAUGAACGAGAUCUCCGCCAAAGUAGAGACAGACUUCGUGGAGACGGCCGAUGCGGAAGCUGGUCUUCCCGGGGAGGUCAUCGACAUCACGGCGAGGCUGUCGAGCAAGCAUCGCGAGUAUCUGCUGGAGAGACAUGGCACCCUAGAGCUCGAUCCUGUUCCUGGCAUGGGACCUGCCGAUCCCUACAAUUGGCCGACGUGGAAGAAAACGAUUAACCUGGUCUUGGUGGCGUUCCACGCCUGCAUGGGCACUUUCACCGCCGCCGCCAUCAUCCCUGCGUAUUCGGAUAUUGUCGCCGACUUUGGCGUGUCGAUGCAGCGUGCCAGCUACCUCACCUCGCUGCAGAUCGCCAUCCUGGGAGGAGCGCCACUCUUCUGGAAGCCCAUCUCCAACCGCUUCGGUCGCCGGCCCAUCUUCCUGCUGUCACUCGUCGGCAGUCUCGUCUGUAACAUCGGCUGCGCCAAGAGCUCGACCUAUGCCACCACCGCCGCCUGCCGCGCCUUGGUCGCGUUUUUUAUCUCGCCCGCUGGCUCCAUCGGUAGCGCCGUCGUCAUGGAGACUUUCUUCAAGAAGGAUCGCGCUCGUUUCAUGGGCGUCUGGACCCUGAUGGUCACUGUCGGCGUCCCGCUCGGACCCCUGAUCUUCGGCUUCGUCGCGUAUAACGCCGGCUACCGAUGGAUCUAUUGGGUGCUUGCCAUUAUCAACGGUGUGCAAUUUAUUUUGUAUCUCUUCUUCGGUCCCGAGACUCGGUACAUUGGUAGCGGUGUCGAGACGGAAAAGCUUGGCUGGAAGUCGCAGUAUUUCACCUUCCGUCGGAUUGACCCGACCCCCCUGUCAUGGAAGGAAUUCGUGUACCCGCUGAGCAUGAUCCGGCGUCCGUCGGUGGUUGUGCCUGCGGCGGCGUACGCAAUGGUGUUCCUGUUCGGUAGCGUGCUGAUCACCGUCGAGGUGCCACAGCUGCUGCAGGUCAAAUUCGGCCUCAACAGCGAGCAGCUUGGUCUGCAGUUUAUCGGCGUCAUCAUCGGUUCAGUGCUGGGCGAGCAGAUGGGCGGGACCCUGUCUGACUCGUGGAUGAACCGCCGGGCGCGCCGGAUCCAGGGCAGACCCGAACCUGAGUACCGGCUGUGGCUGAGCUACAUCGGGUUUGCACUCACCAUCAUCGGCCUGAUCAUCUUCCUGGUGUGCACGCAGGAAGCCCCCACUGGCCACUGGAAGGUUUCCCCCCUCGUGGGCACCGCCGUAAGUGCUGUCGGCAACCAGAUCGUCACCACCGUCAUGGUCACGUACGCUGUCGACUGCUAUCCGCAGGAAGCAGCCAGCGUCGGCGUCUUCAUCACCUUUGUCCGCCAAGUCUGGGGGUUCAUCGGCCCAUUCUGGUUCUCCGACAUGUUCGACAGCGUCGGCAUUGCCGCCAGCGCCGGUGUGGGUGCCGCUCUCCUCGUCGGCAUGAAUACUUUACAUACCUCGGAUCUAUUAACUACUACUGAAACCGAGUCAUCGCCGAAUUCUUCUCGAAAUAAUCCCGACUCUACCCUAGACUCCGAUUAUUUAAGACCAGACUAG